CAUCAGUCGGUAAUCAGCUUCUACCGUUUCUGGGCUGAUGCAAAGCCAGAGAACCACUACGGGAAAUCUGGACACCCGGAGUCAGUUUAUCAGGAACAAUCGAGACAGUGACAUCGAUCGACUAAAGUUUCCCGCGUCCGCGUUUGCUUAGAGAUUUCGUUGAACGUACGAAAAAGACCGUGUUGUUCAAGAACUUUGUUGCGUCGGAUUUGUGGAAUCGAAAUCGACCUUUUGAGUGAUUCACCAAGAGCUGCUCACUAUUGUAAAAAGGAAUAUUGUCUGUGCCAAAAACACAGAUUGAAGUGUUGGGAGCUUAAUAGCGAAAAAUAAAAGCAAACAAAUUGUUUAAUUUUCUUUUUUGUUGAAGUGAAUAUUGUGAAUAAAUUUUGUGCCGUAAUUCAAUUGAAGAUAAAUGUGAUCUUGCUGCAAUUUAGCAGUGAAAAUUAAUCAAGUUGGAUUUCAAAUUCGUUUGGCAGCCACGAAGAAUGGGAACAGGUGACAGACUUCUCGACAUUCCAUGCAAAGUGUGUGGCGAUCGAAGCUCCGGAAAGCAUUAUGGGAUCUACAGCUGUGAUGUUUCCUCGGACCUUUCAGGUUGUUCCGGAUUCUUCAAACGUAGCAUCCAUCGGAAUCGGGUGUACACGUGCAAAGCAGCCGGCGAACUGAAAGGUCGCUGUCCGGUCGAUAAAACCCACCGGAACCAGUGCCGUGCCUGUCGGCUGAACAAGUGCUUCCAAUCGGCGAUGAAUAAAGAUGCUGUUCAACAUGAGCGUGGACCACGAAAGCCUAAACUGCAACAUCUUCCUCCGAAUGCGGGUCAUCCACACCAUAUGGGCGGUCCAUUCAUGAACGGGACUGGGUACGGUCAUAUUCCACACUUCGCCAACAUGCAUCACUCCGCCAUGCAGCAGAACUCGAUUCUUCACCAUCCGCAGCCUCUUUCAUUCGCCCACCUGGGUCAUCCGAUGCCACCGACGCUUCUUCCGCCGGUCAAGCUAGAGCAGAACAAAUUCGAAUUUCCUCCUACUGGUAACACACAACUGCCACCCAAUCUGUUUCCACAGGUCAAGCUGGAACAUGCCAAGCUUUCGUCGUUCGACUUUUCACCGUCGAGUCAUCGAAUCUACAAACCUCUGGAUCAGCUGCCCCCGUCGCCAACCAACUCCAAAAGCUCCAUCAGCAUCGAUUCACCGUCGGAAAGCUUAACGAGCCCCCAGCCGUCGACAAUCGAUUGCGGCUCCAGUGUGAUCAGCCCAACGCCAAUCAAUGCCAGCAAUCCAAGUCUUCCCUCACCACUGUCCCAAAAUGGAGUUCUCGAUAUACUGAUGAGCUCAGACAAAUGCCAAGAGUUCAUCCAGUACCAAAUGCACAACAACAAUGUCAUGUUUCCCAACUUCAACCUGUCGGAAGGCAAUGGUCCAAUGGCACCACAGCCAGCCCCUCCACCUCCACCGCCACCACCACUGAUACCACACCCACCAACACUUCCGCUAGAUAGUCCAGUACUGAAAUUACCGACGUGGGAAAUUCUCCAGGAAACUACUGCUCGACUAUUGUUUAUGUCAGUUCGGUGGGUGCGUUGCCUGAUUCCAUUUCAAACGCUGUCUAAAGCUGAUCAACACCUUUUGCUACAGGAAUCUUGGAAGGAGCUUUUCCUGCUCAAUUUUGCGCAGUGGAGCGUACCGUGGGACCUAAGUGGGCUGCUUGAGAGUCCUCCGGUUCGAGAUCGGCUUCCGCUCGAUCCGGCUACCCAGAUGGAGAUGAAAACGAUGCAGGAAAUCCUGUGCCGCUUUAGGCAGAUCUCGCCGGAUCUGAGCGAGCUCGGCUGCAUGAAGGCAGUGAUCCUGUUUUCACCCGAAACAUCCGAGCUGUGCGACGUCCAGCCCGUGGAAAUGCUCCAAGAUCAAGCCCAGUGUGUCCUUUCGGAACACGUCCGCGUACGUUACCCCCGGCAGCCAACCCGAUUCGGUAGGCUUCUACUGUUGCUUCCCUUGCUGCGUACAAUCCGUUCAACUACCAUUGAAACGUUGUUCUUCAAGGAAACGAUAGGAACCGUUCCCAUCUCACGGCUGCUGAUCGACAUGUACCAGAUGGAAAAGUACAGCGAACUGGAUGGGGGAGCCGGCGGAAACGCCGAAACUCACGGAAGCACCACCCCUGGACCUACCAUGAACAAACCUUAGACGGUGUACGGGACGUGAACUUUCUCAGGUGGUGAGGUAAACUAGGACUUUAUUAUAUCAAGUAGGAAAUUAUCUUUAAAAAAAAUGGUCCCUUAACUCGAACAUCCUGAUCCGAACGUCAUUCCUUAAGCUCAAUGGGCAACAUUUUCGAAUCACAUACCGCAAGCGAACGGUUCAACGUCAAAGGUAAAAGAAAAAGUUCAACAUGUUCACAUCUGGAGAAAAUCCUAAAGAAAAAAAAAUGAUUUUCUCUAUAUUGCCUCAAGAUAUUUGAGUUGUAUCUGCCUCGAAAUUGUUUCGCUCUAGUCUUACACACGAGCGAAUCAAAAGUGUGUGAUUUUUUUCGUAGCACAAUACGUAACUUUGCGGGUGAAAACAGUACCACCUUGCCACAAAACAUUACAACACGGUCCCAAAAUCAAAUCCUGGGACAGGAAAGAAUGCGAAGCAUCUCAACUGCCGAAAUAUGGUAGAGGGUGAUGGGCGUAGAGCUGCUCUUUUUUUUUGUUUAUUCCUGGAGAAUAACGACACACUCAUAGCAAGGUGAAUCAAGUCCUCUUGGCUGAUAUUAUUUUUUAAUUUGCGAAUUCAAAAUGUAUCCAAAGGGAACGCUAAAGACGUUAAAAAAAAAGUAAUUGCAGAAAAACAAUUUGUUACAUCCUAAAGUCAAUAUUUGAGGAAGAAAAAUGUCUGAUUUCAAUGGUAGUUAAACGACGAUUUCUACCCUUCAGACAUCCACGAAAAAAUAAACACUGUAAUUGAUUGGAGAGGAAAAAAUGAUUCUAACGUACUUGUAUUCAAAUCUCUGCCGUCGGUGAUCUUAGUAUAGUCAACAAUGUAAAAAACACUCGUCAAAACAAUAAAAAUCAAACGAUUCGGUCGAAUCUGCAUCAACUGGUGCGAAUAUUUAAACACAUUAACACACCUAUUGAAAUCUGUUAAUAAUGUAGUGGCAAUUUGUAUAGUAUCGAAAAGUGACAUCUCAAC